GUGCGCAGGCUCCGUCGCCAUGUUGGUAACCCCUCCCCCUCGGCCUCGUCAGUAAGAGAAAUACCGUGCGGGAGGUUGGCUGAUUCAGAGAGGGUGAUACAGCAAACAGUAGACAAAAAAAAAAAGAAAAAGAAAAAAGAAAAGGCUAUAGCAAAUAAGAAAGCGAGAAAAAGAAAAGGAUCACAGCGGAUGAUAUAAAGCUUUGGAUUAAAUUGUUAUUUACGAACAACUGUUUGGCGUGUGGACGACCCUUGACCGGCUGCGGUUUCCAUUGUGAGCGGACCUGUUUCAUUUCAUUUAUUUUUUAAAUAAUGCAGUUGAACGCCUGGCAGUGAUGGAGAUGGGUCAUUUACUGUUGUUUUAUCGGUGGAUAUAUGUGGUUUUCUGUUUAAUGUAAUAAGGAUUUUUUGCUGAACAUCUGUAAGUACCCAGUGAAAGGGAGGAAGAGAGCGCGAACGAAGGAAGUGUUUAAGUGCGUUGCCUGCGUAGAAGAGCUAGCGUCUGGCGGAAUAUAAACCACAAAUAUCAAGAAGAAUAACUAGCGCGGCCCAGCAGGAGCAGGGACCUGCGAGAGGAGUGCAAAAAGCUCAAUUACUGAGGAGAAGGGUGAAAAGUUGAAUGGCGGCGGCGGCAGCUUGACUUUACGUCAGCGACCAUCACUGCGAUUGUUGUGCCCCGCGGAAGAGAGGCGGCUGUCACUCGGGCUUUGUCCAUUUCCAGCAGAAAACACCCGAUAUUGUGCGCCAUGCAUCACCCGGAGUCAGCAGGAGAGUCCGCCGCGAGGAAGAUGGCGCCCCCGGUCGUGUUUCCCCGGCGCGGCAGCAGUACCGGCGGCAGCAUCUCUGCGUUGGCUACGGCGGCGGGACCCAGCGUGAACAGCAGUGCCCUUCCCGCCGAUGAUUACCCGUCACCUUUACUCAUCCAGCCUCCCCCUCCAGCCGGCUGCUCGUCCCCGGGGCCCCAGCAUCCUCCCCAGAGCCUGAAUCUCCUCUCCUCACAGUCGCAACUGCAGCCUCCGUCUCUGCCACCCGGAGGCGCGCAGAUCAAAAAGAAGAGCGGCUUCCAGAUCACCAGUGUCACGCCGGCCCAGAUCUCGGCGAGCACAAACAACAGCAUUGCCGAGGACACGGAGAGCUACGAUGAUCUAGACGAGUCCCACACAGAGGACCUGUCGUCCUCGGAGAUUUUGGACGUGUCGUCACGCGCUACCGAUAUGGGGGGGCCAGAGCGGAGCUCCUCCGAAGAGACUCUGAACAACUUCCAUGAGGCCGAGACGCCGGGUGCUGUGUCCCCCAACCAGCCGCUUCUCCCACACCAUCUCUCGCAACAGCAGUUGCCCCAAAAUGUAAUGGUAAAUGGCAGUCUACACCCUCACCACCAUGGCCAUCAUCAUCACCACGGACAUCACCACCACCACCAGCCGCCUGCGCCUCCUGGGAUUUUGCCUUCUGCUAUACACCCUGUGGUCUCAAAUGUACCUGCAGUUACGACUUCUUCGCCCAGUGCUGCUACUACUGCUGCUGCUGCUGCCACCUCGGCACACCACAAAUUGCCUAGUUCAGGUGCCAUCUCUGAGAAUGCUACAGUGGUUGGUACAUCACUUUCUAGUGUGGUGGGUGCGCCAACGGUGCCUGGUCUUCCUGGGACAGCUGUUACUGGCAUUGCUAGCAGUAUAAGUGCUGUAGCUGGCACUCCUGUAAAUGUUAUUAACCCAGUGCCUAGCAAUGUGAACAUAGCAGUGUUGGGUGCCAAUGUGCCUGGUUUAGUUGCCACCCCUGGUGGGUGUAAUAGCAGCAGCAGCAGUUGCCCCACUGGCAUUCAAUCAGGCCUGAUGAACUUAAAUACUGGUAGUGCACUGUCAGGAACUAGUAGCCAAAAUGUAAAUGUGAUACAGCAGCAAGGGCCUGGCACUGCUCUGAAUACAAAUGUUGUAAUGGGAGUCGUUGCUGGGUCAGCCACGCCUGUUCUUAUAAGCGGCACCACCAGCAACCUAGGUUCUGCAUCUGCAGUGCCUGUUAAUGCACCAGCAAUGGUAGGAACUGUCCCGUCAGGUCAACAUUUGCCUUCUGCCACAACCACAACUGCAAGUUCUCGUUUCAGGGUGGUGAAAUUGGAUUCCAGCUCUGAACCUUUCCGGAAAGGCCGCUGGACAUGCACAGAAUACUAUGACAAAGAGGCCCCAGUAGCAGCAUCCACUUCAGGGGCUCCAUCUGAAUCCGUGCUGAGUCACCGGGCUGUGGAGAGUAUUAGACAAGCCUUGACUGAAGCUGUUGUGGGUUCAGAGCGAGAGAGCACUAGUGGAAGUUCUGUCAGUAGCACCCUCAGCACUUUCAGCCACUAUACAGAAAGUGUAGGCAGUGGGGAAAUGGGAACUGGCACUGUGAUACAGACGUUUCAGCAACAAGUGGAGUACUGUGGCCCACCAAGUAUGCAGGCCCCACUCCCAAGCCUGCCUCAGAGUAUAUCUCAGCCACAGCUUGCACAAGCACAGAUGCAUUCACAGGAUAUGGUCCAUCCUCUGAUGAAGUCCACUGGUGCCCCCACUGUACCAGCCAGCGUGGGUGCCAUACAGCCUCCUUCAGUGAACCUGUCAAGUAUGCAGACUUCCAUUGGUCACCCAACAACUUCAAUUCCCCAGCAGCCUUUACCCUUUUCUCAACCACCUGGCCCUACACCAAGCUUGGGGUCUGUACCACAACAGCAAAUGGGAUAUCCUCCUCCACAGCAGCCAAGUGCCCCUGCACACUUGACAGCAGCUCAUGUAAUACCCGUGGGUCAAGGAGGUGGAGUAGUUGGCAACAUUCCGGCGGAAUAUGUUCAGCAUCAACAGAUCCUUCAGACACCAAUGCAGUCUGGCCCCACUGCAAUGGGAGCAGCAGGGCAGCCUCAACAGACUGUACCCCACAUCCCUGGAUCCUUAACAACUCUUCCAGCAUCUGGAAAUGGCCAGAUACUGAGUGUAAGCCAGCAAACUGUUAGUGUACCCACUGGAGUCAGUCAGACUUCAACCCAGGGCAUCUUGCAGCAGCAGACUUCUAUAUCAUCUCCUCCGCAGAUUGCACAGCCCACCCAGGGUGGAAUCCUACAACAGAUAAUGCCUGGAAGUGUCACAGGAAUGGUACCGCAGCCCACAAAGGCUCCGCCAUCUCAAGCUUUGACUCAACCCCAGGCCCAGCUGCCAGGAGAGCAGCAACAACAAGUGGCACAAGGAAUUGCCAUCCAGCAACCAGCCACUGUUGCCUUGGGCCAAGUUGCUCCUAAUGUGCCUGCAAACCUUUCAGCUGUUGCCCAGUCUAGUUUACCCCAAACUGCUCAACCUGUGCAGAAUGGUAGUAUUGUUCCUAAUGUUGGCCCAUCUCCAUUGAUGCCAGUAAGUGUCCCAGUUGGACAGACAGCAGUGGCUCAAAGCACAGCUCAAUAUUCCAGUAUACCACCUGUGUCUGCCCCCCAGCUGGAUGAUGCCCGUCGUAUUCUACAAGACCAGUCUCUACUUGCUCUGCCCAAGGUGGCAGCAGGAGAAUGUGCUUCUUCCUCUGGAGUUGGUGCCACAGUGGCUCAUGAUGCAGCCACUGGGAUCUCAGCCUUGGCAGCAACUGCCGUCCUCUUCCCACUUAAGAACUUGCCACUGACUGCACAUGUGGUGGAUGGUGAUGAAGACAGCUCUUCGGGUGCAAGUGUGGUAGCCAUAGACAACAAGAUUGAACAGGCAAUGGAUCUGGUGAAGAGUCAUUUGAUGUAUGCGGUGAGGGAGGAGGUGGAGGUAUUAAAGGAGCAAAUUAAAGAACUGAUCGAAAGGAACUCGCAGCUGGAGCAGGAGAACAACUUGCUGAAAAACUUGGCCAGUCCAGAGCAACUGGCACAGUUUCAGGCUCAGCUCCAGACUGGCUCACCACCCUCUUCCUCACAGCCUCCAGGAACAGCAAGUCAGCCAGUCCAGCCAGCUACACAGAGUUCAGGGCCCUCCGCGUAGGACUGCAGUGAAUAGGGCCGGCAGACCCCUGCCUGGGACUUGGACUUGCAAGCAUGGGGUAGGGGCACUAGGAGUUAAAGACCCCUUUCAAUUUGCACAUGUUUCUAUUUCUGAAAACCUUGAGAAAAUCAAACACCAUAGAUUUUUCUGACCUUACUGACAUUUUUCACUGUCUAGACAAUCUUUUUUUUUUUUUUUUUUAAUUUGAGGGGGAGGAAUAAUACCAGAAUUUUGUGAAGCAGGUGAACGCUUUUCAGACCGUGGGAUUCAUUUGAAGCACCAAUAGUGCAAAUCUAUCAAAACAUACUGAAGAAGCUAAGAUUUCACUCUGAUGGGUGAGAUGUUUAGAGGAAUGCAAUAAAGCGGAGAACAUUGAUUCACAAAUCUUCUCAUUAUGCUCCCAAGCCUCAGUGUGAGUUGUGCAAGCACUUUCUUUUCAAUGGUCAAUGUGAAGAAACUUCCAUAGAAUAUCGGAAGUGGGGGACUGGGACCCUAAUCCCGAUUCUGAAAGGAGGAGGGAUUCACCAUCUUACAAUCAAACAUGUUUCCAUUGUCUCCCUUACUUUAGAAAACACAACAUUUUAUUUGGACCCAUAUGGAGAAACCUCUCAAUACAGGUGGUGUAAAGACCUUUUCAGUGUUUAAUUUGAAUAAACUAUCCUCAUAGUAACAAUUAAAAAAAAAUUUGUAAUGUUUACCCUGCUUUUUUUUCAAGCAGUUGUUAGGAGUAAAAUGAAAAACCGCAUUGGCAGAACCAAAUGCAUUGGGAUUUUAGUUCAAUUCCAGUGGCGGUGAUUGUCAUUAUGUAUAUUUGUGUAUGUAGUGUAAGUACUCUGUAAUAUAGUAAACUUGUAACUAUUAGGUUGUACAGAUUGAAAUCUAGCUGUUUCAUUGGCUGUUCUAAACCAGUUUUAGACGGUCUUUUUUUUAUGCUGUAAAAUCAGGAAUGCAGCUUUGCAACUGUUUAGUAUCUUAAAACUACUGCAGUGACUGUGUGUUUCUGUUUUCUUGGCUGCAUAAUAUACUACAGUAAACCGUUGUUCACUUUAAACUAUUUGAGGCAAAAGAGAAUUAACCACACCAUUGUGAGCACUCCGGCUAUUGGAAAUAAUUCUUAAUGACAUUAAACCACACUUCUGAGGUAGGGUUUUGCAUAUACGUAUAGUUGUAUGCUUAUGUCUUGUGCAUGUUCAUGGAAAAGUUGUAACAAAUCAGUUGCACUUGACUGUUGCACUUCUCAACUUUCAAUAAAAUAAAAAACUUCCAUGUUGUUAAAUAAA